AUGCAGAAGGAAGUGGGGACCCCUCCUGAGAAUGCUGAAAAGGGGAAGGAGGAAAUGGUCAGACGAAGUUGGAGCUCCCACAGUUACAAUGUGGGGGCUGCCUCCUCUUUCCUCUCCACAUUCAUUACCUUCCCCAUCUACAAGACCAUCUUCCGCCAACAGCUCCAUGCCUUUUCCAUCCAGGAGGCUGUUCGCCAACUAAGCCAGGAGGGCCUGCACCGAUUCUACCGUGGAGUCUUCCCCCCUCUCCUGUCCAAGACGCUGCAGGGCACCUUGAUGUUCGGCACCUACGAAAACUGCCUUCGCAUCAUCGCUAGCCACUCUCCUGGGUCUUAUUCAAUGGGAGACCGGUACACAGCAGGUCUCGUGUCUGGCUUUUUGGAAGCCUUGGUUCUGGGUCCCUUUGAGAGGAUCCAGAAUGUUCUGCAAGAUGGGCGGAAGAACAAGAGGUUCCCGACUACCUAUAGUAUCUUGCGGGAGUUCCACUCCUAUGCUCUGAGGGAGAGGCUGGUGCUGGGCUACUUCCGUGGUCUAAGCCUCAUCCUGGUUCGCAAUGGCCUGGGGAGUUCCUUGUAUUUUUGCUUGAAGGAUCCCCUCCGGGACCACCUCUCUGCAAGGGGCUUGCCCCACUGGCUCCCUGCCCUGGUGUCUGGCAGUGUGAAUGGCACUUUGAUUUGCCUUUUCCUGUAUCCUCUCAGUGUCCUUAUUGCCAAUGUGCAGUCUCAGGUGGGUAAAGAGGAAAUGCUCCGCUUCCAGGCCUCAGUGACAGCUGUCUGGGAAAACCAUGGGAGGAGAGUGGCAUUGCUUUACAGAGGUGGGUCCCUCCUUAUUCUCAGGUCAUGCCUAACGUGGGGUCUCACGACAGCCAUCUAUGACUUCCUCCAGCAGAACACAGUCUAG